AUGCUGACUGCUGUACUCCUCCUGGUGGCCAACCUGGCUGCCACAGGGGCGUUGGUGCACCAUCUCGACGACAAACUGCCCGUCGUGCGAUUCCGUCUGUUGACCACCUUCAUCACUAUAUCUUCAGUCCAGCUCUUUUUCUACGGCCUGUGGAAGGUAUUCCUGAAGCCGCUCUGCUUCUCGCCAUUCAAGCACCUGCCAAAGCCUCCGGGAGGCAGCUGGAUAAAUGGCCAUUUCCGCGAGAUCAUGGACCUGGGCAACGGCGAAGCCGAAGUCAAAUGGCGAGUUAACCUCCAGCCUUCGUAUUCUACUCCAUUAUGCAAAGUUAACAGCAACAGGAUGAAAGAAAUCCCCAACAAGGGCAUAAUCCACUGCCGCGGAAUCCUCAACGGCGAGCGCCUCAUCGUCUCCUCUCCAACCGCCCUCGCCAAGAUCGCCAGCGACAAUUACACCUUCAUCAAGCCCAUGGCGAUCAAGCUGCUCGCCGGCCGCGUGCUCGGCAUGGGGCUCGUCCUCACCGAGCGCGACGAGCACAAGCAGCAGCGCAAACUGUUUCUCCCGCCGUUUGCACCGAAGCAUAUCCGCGAUCUGUAUCCGACGUUCUGGGAGAAGGCGUGUGAGGUUACGGAUGUCAUGGGCGACAUAAUCUCCGAAACGGAGGGCACUGAAGUCCAGGAUUCCGUCUCUAACGAGAACGGCGGCAUUGAAAUCGGAGAAUGGGCAGCACGAGUCGCACUGGACAUCAUCACGCUCUCAGCCAUGGGAAAAGACUUCGGGUCUGUCUCCGACGCACACGCCCCACUGGCAAAAGUCUACCACGCCGUGCUGCAGCCCACGCUGGGCCACGUCGUCGUAGCGAUCUUGAAGAAUUUCUUCCCGGCGCGGCUUGUCGAGGCUCUCCCGCUCAAGGCGAACCAGGACCAGGGGUCCGCGUAUGAUACGAUCCGCGGGGUGUGUCGGGAUUUACUGCGCGGGAAGAAGGCGCAGAUGGCGGGUGGGCACGAGUUGAAGGGGAGGGAUAUCCUGAGUGUGUGUUUGCGGUAUGAGGAGAUUGCGGGGGUGGAUGAGGACGAGGUUAUCAACCAGAUGACGACGAUUCUGGGCGCGGGACAUGAGACGAUCUCUGUGGGGAUUACCUGGGCGGUAUAUAUGCUCUGUCUGCAUCGGGACUGGCAGGGGAGGCUGCGUGAGGAGGUUCGUGCCACGGUUCCUUCGCCGGAUUGGAAGGGUGAGGGUGAGUCGAUGAGCAGUGCGCAUGUUGAGAGGAUGCCAUUGAUGAGAGCGUUCCUGGAGGAGGUCCUGCGGUGGUAUCCGCCUAUCCCGAUGACGAUGCGUGAGCCGCUGGUUGAUACGGAGCUCGAUGGGCAGUAUGUGCCCAAGGGCACGCGGAUUGUCGUCCCGAUCAAGGCGAUCAACCGCGAGGAGAAGUUCUGGGGCGCUGAUGCGAAGAGGUUCAACCCGGCGCGGUGGUUGAGAGACGGCGCUCAAGGACAGGAGUUCAACUCCAGCGGCGGCGUGAAGAACAAGUAUGGCUAUCUGACGUUUAAUCACGGCCCUCGGAGCUGUGUUGCGGCGGAGUUUGCGCGUGCGGAGAUGGCGUGUGUGGUGGCGGCUUGGGUUGGGCGGUUUGAGCUGGAUCUGGCGGAUGAGCGGUUUCGCGAUGAGGAUAAUAUGAAGACGUCGAAUGGGAACUUCUCAGGGAAGCCCUUGGAAGGGCUGUAUGUGCGUGUGAAGGUGUUGGGGGGUGGUAGUUGGUAG